CUGAAUUACUCUUACGUUACAUCGAACAAAUCUUUAACUUCUUGAUGAUGACUUGGAAUGGUAUUGAUAGAUCAGAGAUUAUUGUCCGUAGCAUGAUUGGUUUAAUUGGUGAUCUAGCUGAAGCUUUCCAAAACGGCCAAAUCAAACAAUGGUUCGUGGCCGAUUUUGUUCAUGCUGCAUUGAAGGAAGGUCGAAUUAAUCGCAAUUUGCCUAAUG